CUCCGGAAAUUUUUUGAAAGAUCAUUAAUUUCAUGUAAAUAUUUACGACAUUGAUAUGAUAAGGACACUGUAACUGAUGCAUACUUAUCAAUUCACCAUUCUUCUGAGAUAUGGUACUAAUCUUCGUGAAAUGUCAAUAUAGCUCUAGCCAGUGUGCAGUAGUUCAGUGAAUAUUCGAGUUUUUUGUUCUUGCUCUUAUUAGCAUUCAGAACUUUCGUCUAGGAAUACCUACGAGGUCACAGAAAACAAACAACAUUAUGCUGAUCAGUUCCAGUAAUGACAAAAUUUCUUAUUACAGGGUUCAAAAAUGUACCUCAAUAUCCGUUUUACACAAAAAAGAAAAAAUGCAUGGAGUCAAGCGGGUCAUGCUUUUCUGCCUGAUGACUGCAGUUUUACCAACAAUUCUAAUAAUCACUCCGCUUUACCUCAGACAUUAUGUCUUCGCUGAUGUCACAUUGCAGGUGGCAGAGUCUGACGUGCUGCUCAUCACCGAAGGUUACUCCUCCAUCUUCUGCGACUCCUUGGUGCUUCGCAUGAACUCUUCUUUCAACGCCUUCCAGCUGGUCGGCACGCCCAGGGUCAGCAAGACCAGGAGGCACAUCAGAUUGAAGAAGUCCAUGUCGCUGCCGGAUGAUACUCUGGAGUAUUGGGGGUUCUAUUUGUUGAAGGAGGCGAUGGUCAAGCUCAAGGUGUGUUCUCGACACGAAGGGUCUCGUAUCUUAGUAGUGAGAGGUGAAAAAAAUUUGGAAACUUGUGGACUCUUGGAACAUAAUUACCAGAAAUAUGGCGCCAAGAUGGAUGCAGAAUACAGAGAAGUGAAAGUAUUCGAUGAAGAACCAGCCGAAAUCCUAGGAGAACUGGAAUUUGAUCUUCCAGAGAAUAAUGCCAGCGAAAAUAUGACUGAUGAUGGAGAAGCUAAAAAGAGAUUACUGUCAGGUCUCAUCAGAAAAAAAGAAAAAAAUGAGACAAUAUCACAAAACCCACCACUAGAUGCAAUGAAAGUUCACAAUGACAAAAAUAUGGAUAAUACGAAGGUCAGACACAAAAAAAGGCAUACAAGAAGGAAGAAGAUCGAGGACCUCAAAAAAAUAUUGAAUGACCGACAAACCCCCCUGCGUUCAAAAAGGAACAUCUCCCCUCUAGACGUUCACAUCAAACAUGGCGGCAACGCGAUGAACUACUCCGGCGACGUGAACGCCGAGAGCAACAGCGUUUCGAGCUUCGAAACCGACCUCCUCAGGUGCUACGACACCAAAAUCCUGCUCACCAGAGGUUUCGUGCCCAGCUACCAUUGCAACGACAGCGACUAUUUGGGAAAUAGCGUGCACAUGGUGACGCACCACACUGUCGCUUCCGACGGGUAUUAUUACUAUAUUUUCUACUCUGAUAACGAUUUCGUGAAGAACGAGAUUCAUGCCGUGUUUGAUAUAUACAAACCGACUUACAGGUUUGCGAAUUCAAGUAUUAUGGAGUGCAUCAACAAAACGGAAUGCGAGUUUCCCAUUACCAUGCUCUCAGAUGAGACAAUAAUUGUGGAAGUGCCUACACGAGACGGGAUAGAACACGAAGAUGAUGACAUCACAUUGCUGAAGAGCACUUGCAAGCCCAGAGUGGGUGUCUACAUUAUAUUUCCGAUAUUGGUUUUGUUUUUCAUAUUGGCUUGUGCAUUUGUGUAGGCAUAGGACUUUUUUUUGAUAUUGUUCACUUUGAUACGGGUAUUACUUUUUGAACUUGGUGGCUGUCAAACUUUGGUCAAUGAAUUUAGAAUUACUAGUCCACUAAAAGGACCGCUCUGAAGUAAUAAUCCAAACUAUUUCAUUAUCACGAACCGUUUUCAUCUCAGCCAGAGCUCUGUACAGGGUGCGCCUUAAAAAAUGGAAUCCCGCCUUAACAUUUUCUUUUGUCAAACGACCCAAACUUUUAUUUCGUGAAGUUGUUUCAUUUACAGGAUCAUUCUUUUUUCCAGAUAGUACAUCAACUUUGAUUUUUUCAAUGGAACACCCUAUAUAAUUUACGACAUGUCAAUAGAGCCUUUUUUUUCUGAUUUCAAAAAUAUAUAUGAGUUGCAUAUUUGGAUGAAAAUAGUCGAGUUAUUGAUGAUCAAAAUUUACCAAAAUAACGUUUAUAUAUUGUUUAAGCUCCAUCCAAAUCAUCAAUCUCAAUAAAAAAAAAUAUGAAUAGACAGUUUCAAUGGAAGAUUCGGUAUUUUGGUAAAUUUUGAUAAUCAAUAACUCAAUUAUUUUCCAUCCAAAUAUGUAACUCAUAUAGAUUUUGGGAAUCAGAAAAACAGCGGCUCUAUCGACAUAUAUAUAUAGGGUGUUCCAUUGAAAAAAUCAAAUUCAAUGUCCUUUAUUCCGGAAAAACAAAUGACCGUAUAUGAAUUAAGCAACUUCACGAAAUGUGGGUCGUUCCAAACAAUUUUUUAAUUCAAAAUUUUUCCACAUCUCUGAAAACAAAAGAGUUAAAGGGGGGUUCCAUUUUAAGGUGCACACCCUGUACAUUUUUGAAAUAUUUAUGGAAAUCCACGAUACUGGAAUAAUGAAAUGAUACUGGAAUGGAUAAUGAAAACGCAGAAAAAUGGGUGAUGAUAUCAAGUAUCAAGUACCCAUUCUCUUCCAUCUAAAGGCAAAACCAGAAUUCAUAUUUCUGAAUGCCCAUAUAAGUCUGCUUUGGCAAUGACACUUUGACAUAAACUAAAGCAGUCUCUUUGACUCUUUUGAAGGAAAAAUCUUGCUUACUAUCUUGUUAAUAACAAUCAGGCUUGUGAUUGAAUCUAUUUGUAACUCCUUACCUAAAAUGUAUUAUUUAGAUACUCUGAGAAUGAGGAAAAAUUUUGUUUCAUAUAAACAUACUUGUCCUAACUUACUUCGUUCUUGAGAUAUAGGGAGUCAAAGUUUUCAGGAAAAUUUGAAGUUUCAUUGAUUAUAUUCAAAAUCCUUAUCGCUGAUUUUGCUGGCAUUUCCAGAAAAACCGGAAGUCCGCCAUAUUGGAUUGUGAAUUCAUCAAAUCCGAAAUGGUUGCCUACAUAGAAUGACUUCACACAGCAUAUUAUUUUAUUCGCGGUCGCCAAGGUCAUUAGAUGACGUUGGGAUGACAUGAAAAUUGCGGGAAAAUAUUCCUUACUCCUGGCUGAGACUGAACGUUAGACAUGUAUUUCCGUAGUUUUCAUGUCAUCGCAACGUCAGAUGAUGGCUAGGGCUACC